AUGAUUCGCGUAAACCUCCUACAAAAGACGAAUCCAGAUGCAAACGUGUUCGACAAACUACCAGGUCUGGUGGUGAUCGUCCCCGUUCUCAAUGUCUCAACAGCCGGACAUGCUGUCUUACGACGAUUGGCAGCCAUGAGUCAAGCGCCUCAGUACUGGAUAGAGCCCAGUAAACUCGAACUCAUGAGAGCGCUGAAUGGCACGUUUCUCGCCCUUUCUUGUAUCACAGUGGCGUUGCGUGUAUAUACGCGGACGAGGAUUGUCAGAUGCUGGGGCUGGGAUGAUUGGUUCAUGCUUUUGACUUUGCUCAUCUGUGCCGAACAAGCUCUCUACAUCGCUGGUACCGUCUGCCUAAAGAUCUCGCUAGCUUUUUUCUUCCUCCGCUUCCUCAUCGUCCGCUGGGCCCGCUACAUCGUCUGGAUUUCCGUCCUGGUCUACUCUACCGUAGCCACCGCCAUGCUCCUCCUUGUUGUCUUUGAAUGCGGGCUUCCAGGCAACUACGUUAUCAAGCAAGCGACUGGCAAAUGUGUCACCUUUCGCCUGCAAAGCAGCCUCGGCUACGCUCACGGCGCCAUCAAUGCACUCACUGACUGGGUGUUUCCCGUCUUGGCUAUCCACUUUCUAAUCCGCUGCACCAAGAUGUCUCUGGCAGCCAAGCUUUCCUGCUGUGCCAUUCUACUGUUGGCGGUGGUGGGCAGUAUCGCCAGCAUUGUGCGCACGGUGUAUAUCCCCGAAAUUGGACCUGGUGGCAACAUCUACUCGCGGAGUAUGAAGCCAUUGAUCUGGACAAUCGUUGAAGGCGCCCUGGGGAUCAUUGCUGCUUCGCUGGCUACUCUGCGUCCACUGUUUCAGAGAUGCGCAGGUAGGACGAGGGUUGCGUUGCAGAGUAAGAGCACUGGAUCUCGCUCGACCUGCAAAUUCAGCAAUUCGCUGGGCAGUACGCUCAAUUGCUUUGGCACUUCUGCGCGACCUGCACUGGACGAGUCACCUCGUGGGGCUGUGGCUGAAAAGUGCGAUACUAUGGACUUGGAAUCUGGAAACUAUCCAAAGACCACAACACUACCGCUACGCUUGGGAGUAUUGAGCAGUUUAGCCACGGAGACGGGGAUGAUGACCAAGAUGGACAUGACAGGGACGAUAAUACGGGGCACCGAGAGCGCGCCCUGA